UGUAGGGAUUUGGGCAUUCAAUGGAACCGUGUUUCUUUUUGUUGGUGUAAUUGUUUAACCGUCUGAGUGACAACUGUAGCUAUUUUUUCUUCUCGGGGAAUGGAGGCUGCCGUGACACUGUAUACAGUAGCUCUGAAAAGUCGUGUCAGGAAGUGAUCUGGGCUGGAACUCCGCAGGACUGAGAGCUGCAAUGACACACGCAGAGGAGCUGCACAACUGACGCGAAACUAGAUGGGUUUUCUGGUCGUAAAGGAUGGAAACCCCCAUCUCUCUCAGGUCCUUUGUGUCCCCGUGAAAGCCAUGUUUGUGUAGAGGUGUGGAUUCAUUCCGCGAACCAAUCACAUCGUGACUAAGACGAGGCAGGAAGGAAAACGCUUCAGGCAGCCUACCAAUCCCAAGGAAACCCCCGCAGGAAAUAACAGACAGAGUUUGAAGACUUCAAACACCCUCUGCAGAAUUCAGGGAAGACACAACUCAUUGACCUAUUCUUCUUACUUUGACCUUCCAUAUGUACUUCUUGACAUACUUUCUAUCAUCGCGCAACAAUUGACAAACUGGUCUUCUUCCGCCACUUUUCUCAAAAACAGACUCAACCUACCUGACUCUUGCACAAUUCUACUAUACUUUCAACCUCCAUCAAGCUACGUGAGGGGAAAAACAAUGCUAUACUGGGAUUUGUUGCCUGCGGCAUGUAUGUUCCAUCCGUGAGGAAGUCAACUGUGGGGAGCUCCAAGCCAAGGGUCGGGAUGUGUUUUCAGGAAAAAAGGGAUGUCAUAACUAUGUCAUCUCUGGAGGUGUGCUGGCCAGUGCCAAUGCGAGCCAUCGGCGCACAGAAUCUUCUUACUAUGCCUGGAGGAGUUUCUAUAGCAGGAUACCUCCACAAGAAGGGAGGCAGCCAGUUUAGUCUCAUGAGAUGGCCAUUGAGGUACAUCGUCAUCCACAAGGGCUGCGUGUACUACUUUAAAAGUAGUACUUCUCCUGCACCACAGGGAGCGUUCUCUCUAAAUGGUUACAAUAGAGUGAUGAGAGCAGCAGAGGAGACAACGUCCAACAAUGUUUUCCCAUUUAAGAUGAUCCACUUCAGUAAAAAACACAGGACAUGGUUUUUCUCUGCGGCUAGUGAAGAUGAGAGGAGGAGAUGGAUGCGAUCCUUGCGACGGGAGAUUGAUCAUUACAAUGACAGAAAAGAGUCACAUAUUCCAAGUGACUCUGAUUCAGAUGCAGACAGUUUCUAUGGAACCAUUGAGAGGCCUUUGGAUAUUAAACACCCAAUCAAUAAUGCAGACACUGAUUAUGGUGAGGAUGAUGACGAUGAAGAUGACGAAGACUAUCUGAAGCCAGACAGUGACUGUGUGCCAACAUGUACAGGUCGACCCACUGGGCCUCCACCUUCUUAUCCCCCUCCUCCCGUUCCAAUGAUACCCCAGAGACAUCUAGGAUCCUGUUCGGACAUUCAUAAAGACCUACCACCUCCAGUCCCAUCACACAACAGAUUCCAAACCGGAGUAAACCCCAAAAGAACGCUGCCAUCCAUACCCCCUCCCAUUCUGAAGGACCCAAACAAAGGUCCACCUCCUCCUCCCCCCUUUGCCACCCAGCUGCACAAUCACCUCUCUCCUACCCCACCACCCCUUCCUCCCCCCAAUUCACAGCGAUCUCUUAAAAACAGGGCACAGUCUGUGGUGGGGCCAGGGACUCACAGAAGACACUGGAGGCCUCCAUCAUCUGCAUCAGUCCAAUCCCCCGCCACCCUGCCCAUGUGUGACCAGUUAGAGAGCAGAAUGAUCGUCGGUGAUUCAGACCACUGCUCUCGUGAUGCUGUAACCAACCUAUCUCCGAUCAACAACCACCUUGCACAAUCAAGUAACCUCCGCAGUAAACCAGCCCGACCAGUAACCAAUGCUGCAAAUUUUGAAGGCCCAACCCCAAAACCUCGUAUGGCGUACCCCGUGUUGCUGACUCAGACACCCACCAGCUACCCACCGCUACCCCGCCACCCACCUCGAUCUCCUCUUCUUCAAACUGGACUGCAUAAUGAGCGUACCAAUGCACAAAAAGCUCCACCAGCAGUCAAGCCUCCACUGCCUUUAACCAAGCCCAGACAGCCAGUGACACCCCUUAAAAGAGCAGCUCCAGAAGGUCAAAGUUUCCGUUCAUCAGAAGACACGACCACGAUGGAGUCCAGAAAGAAACAAGACUUGACCGAGUGUACAGAAGGAGACGGUUCUGACGAAGAUUACGAUAAUAUGCAUCUGCCAGAGUCCAUUUUCAUUGACUCGACGGAAACCAGCUUUGUAGAGAAAUUAUUUAAGGAGAGCUCUGUUGUUCCGCAAGAUGGACUUUAUGGCAUUAGAAACUCUGGAACCAAAACCUCCAAGGUGCUGGUGGUAUGGGAUGUCAGCAUAGGCAAAGCCAGAAACUACCGGUUGUUUGAAGAGGGUGACCAGGUGUUUCUCGACUGUGAUGUGACCUUCCCCACUCUUUCAGCUCUGAUCGAACACUACUACAGCCAUCCUCUUCCUCACCAGGGCUCCCUUUGCCUGCAGAAACCGUACUCAAAAUAAGCACCACGUGAACGAGAACUUGCAAGGUUGAAACGUUGGCUCCCAUGGAGACAAUCUUGCUUUAAAUUCAGAAUUGAGUCACACCUGUAGAGAGACAAAUAACACUUUUCACUUGGGGUCACACAACCACAGUAGUGUAAAUGUUAGGUUGAGGGAAAUGCUUGCAUCAAUAUAGCACUCUUUCGAUUGAGCUAAUAUGGGUUUCAGAAUGACUGAUAUGUCUCUUUUUUUUUUUUUUUUUUUUUUUUGCUAGUUGAAUAAUCCAUGACACUCAGCCAGAAAAGAAAACAAAAUGAAAAUGUUUUAUCCCAAAAAGUCAACUCCGAAGGGCUACAUUCAUUAGUAUGGUGGUCAAAUGUGAAAUUGUGUCUUGUUUUCAUAUGCAGUAUUUCACUGAAUCUUCCUAUUGAAUAAUAUAAUCUCUCUGUCUAUUCCAGACUGAAGUGUCUAUAUGUCUGAGUGCACUUUUAUAUAACUUAAGAACCUGACAUUGAACUGGCUAGUGCUGUCAUAGAAUGAGCUAUUUUUUUAUACAUGUAAUUUUAGUGCUGGUCAUCACUAUACAGUGUAUUUAUAUUUAGUAUCCAUGAUGUAUGUUAAGAUGUAAAACAGUGUAUGCAAAUGUAAAUAUGAAGGUUUUCUUAUAUAAAGUAAGA